CUUGUUGCAACAGUAUUAUCUCCCUCUCUGCACCUAACACAUCGAUUUUCCGCAAGAUUUUCCCUGUCAAGCGCAAGUCUGUAAAAUGUGCAAUAUGUUUUCCCUGUGACGAUGCGGUAAAAAUCGUUUUAAGUAUUUUACAAGAGAAAUUACUCUCAACAAAAUGGAAGAUUUGCUGUUAAAUGUUGUUAAAGAAGCCACAGGUUCGAAAUCCAGCCAUCUGAAACAGAAAGCACAAGAAGCCCACGAUUUAUUGGUUUCUCAAAACAACUUAUUGAGAAACCCAUCGCACGAAUUAAGGUCAGUCUGUUUUAUACCCUUAAAGCUAGCAUUGGAAAGCAAAAAAAGCAAACUUGUAUCGCUAGCUCUAACAGGCUUAAACAAAAUCAUCCGUGACGAAAGAUUCCAAACUGGUACAGAACCCGAAGACGAUUCCUUAUGGCUACCAGCCCAGCUACUGUUAGCUACAUCUUCGAUGCUAGCUCAUUGCGAAGAUACCCAAGUUCACAUACUAAGAGUGGUGCUGAAUCUAGCUUGUACAGCCAGUUGGGCCUUGAAUGGACGUCUAGUGAUGCUGUUGCUGAGCCGGUGCGGCGAAGCUUACGAGCUAGGGACUCAGCCAAUCAGGGCUUCAGCUCAGGCGGCUGCUAGUCAGACUUUGACGGCUUUUUGUACAUUUUUAGAUGAAGAAUGUCAAGAGAUUUUACAACAGCAACAAAAGCACAAAAACUCUGGAAGCAGCGCUGAAAUGGUCUACAAUAAAACAACAGCGGUGGCUUGUUUUAACGAAGCCAUCCCAGUGAUGCAAUACAUUUGUAGUAAGCUUGAGGAAAAUAAAAUGCUUCCAAAAUCGAAUGAUUCAACAAUAUUUCUUCUUGAAUGUCUUCUCACGUUGGCAAACACCCUUCCACACACCGUACAUUCCAACAUACAUUUCACUACGUUUUUGUGGCAAAGAUUUUGUCCUGCUUUGUUGGCUUUAUUAGGAUCACCCGGCGAUUCUUCUGGACAAGGACUUACUAAUAAUCAAGCAAAAAUUGUUUAUAGUAUUGGUAUUCAAGUUGUGCGACUAGUAGGCAGAGAACGACCCUUAAGGCCAGUCCUAGAAGCCCUUUUCCACCGUAUCCUUUUGCUACCCAGCCCAGCUAGAAGAUUGGAGCCUUUGAGAGCAGCCCGGGAGCUUCUCAGAUCCCCUGGAAGACUGGCAGAUCUGCUUUUACUAAGUGGUCCCAGUCACAGACAUGCAGGAGAUGAUAUGGCAAUUAUAAGACUGAUUAUGGACUCAAUAGAAGAAUCUUCCCAAUGCAACGACCACAGUGUAGUUUUAGCAAGUGUAGAAUGCGUAGGAGCUCUACUAGGUUCUCUAGAAGCUUUAUGUAGAGGCGAAGGCCUGAACCAAGAAGCUGCAGAUUUAGCAAAUAGCCGAUAUCCUUUACUAGAACAUGCUGAUUAUACUGGCCCUUUAACUUACCAAUCCUUGGCUAGAUUACCAAAACCUUACCGUGACGUUGUGGCUAAUUUACGUUAUCAAAGUGACUCGUCUGAUAGUAGUGGCAUAGAGGGAAAUAUGCGCGAAGAAGGUGAAGAGUCUGAUUGUUCGGGAGCCACAGAAGGUCCUGAAGAAGAAAUUAGCCAUUCGGACGACAGUAUUAUGGACGAUGAUAGUUUUUUGACCAAUCAGCAAUUGCAAAAACUUUACAAGCUUCCAAAAUCGUUAAACUUAGGCCGAGCUGGCUUGGAUGAGUGUAAUACCGAUAUAGAGAGGCACAACGCUAGACAUUUUGUGAAAACUCUGCAAAACAUCUUACUACCAAAUUUACUAAGCUUAAGAUCAUCCAUACAAGUUGAUGAAGUUUUACAGGAAUUUGCUUCAAAGUGUUGCCAACACAACUCAGCGCAAAGCUACGAAAUUUCAACGAUAAUGAACGCUGACGGUAUUUAUUUAGCCACUUAUUCAGCCUUGUUGCUGGAUUUGAAAUUAAUCCAAGCAGGACAUUAUGAGGAAAUUAAAAAAGAAGUAACCGUUCCAACGACAGAAGUGCAAUUUGUAGAAGAGAUCCAUGGAAGUGGAAUUUUGGUGUACGUGUCAGCAACUUGGCUAUGCGAGCUUUAUCAAAAUGUACUGGCAAAAUCGUUACUUUUAUGUGCCGGGUAUGAACCUAAGAACCGUCAACAGCCAGCUUUGAUCAACUUACUAACAGAUGUUGGAGGUUUAUCUCCGUCACAGCUGUUAACUGACUGGCAAAAGCUCCAAAAAGUCCAAGCAACUCCAGAAACAAGCCCCGAAGUUGACGCUGGAGUAAAACUAUCCAGAAGAGUAUUGACUUGUUGCUGGAGCUCGGUGGUUUCCGUUUUGGGCACACCUCUAAGGGAAAAACCACUGUUGGGAGGCACUUCAGCUUUGAGCAGGCUGGUAGCACGUAGAACACGACAAAAAUACAGACAAAAAAUUAGGGACGAUAUCAUAACGGCUAGUUUGGAAGGGCUGCAUACUGCUGCAAGUUUGAGUAAUACUUUGAAGUUGCAAACGAGGAGCAGUAGCAUUUUGGCCUUGUUGUCUGCUACUUCUUGUAAAAAUAAUUAUUCUGCUAAAUUGUUGGCUUCGCAUGCUUUAUCUUUGGAUGUUCUAUUAUCUAAAGGUUUGGAAUUGGGUUGCUACAGUCCAGCAUGUUGGCCUCACGUUUUCAGCGCUUGUGUGGCAGUAGCCAGCUUGGAGCAUUCCUUAUUUAGUAAAACUGGCUCCAGUCAACUGCUUAUGGUAGCUCAAAACACCCAGAACAACAUUGUCACAUCGACAACCAAGCCUGGAAACCAAGAUAAGCUUAGCUUUAAUAAUAGCGACGAGGAAACUUGUGUGGAUGUGUAUAGUUUUCUUCAUAGCAGCUCCUACUCGUACGAGCAAAGUAAUUUUUCCAACGAAACCACUAUUGCAGAUAUAGUAGAAAAAAGCGGAGCCAAUAACGCGCAAGGACAAGGAUUACUGCGCGGUGUGUAUGCAGCUAAAGUAUGCUGCGCAUUAUCGCAAAAAGCUGACGAACUUUUCCACGCAGCUGCGCUUCGAUUAUCUUUACCGGGAUUGUGCAGCUUCAUGACUGAACUGUGUAAAGCUUCACAUACCCAGCUCUUCACCAAAUACGAAGAAGCAUCAAACAUAUCAAAAAAAUGGUGGAAAAAGGACUUGGAAAUCCAACAAAAACCUCCACCAACCUUACUUUUGCACCGCAUCGGUGAAGUAACAUUAAAAUGCAUAAAAUCUGGACGUCCUUUGAUUCAUAUUAUGAAACUAUGGUCCAUCGUGGGUCCACAUUUCAUGCAAGCGGCUUGCCAUAAAGACAGGGUGGUCUCCAAAAAAGCAGUAACAUGCAUCCACGAUGCCGUGACCGCUUUGUUAAACGAACAAGCUGAAUUACCGCAUUUCCAUUUCAACGAGGCCCUUAUAAAACCGUUCGAGAAUUUAUUGUGUUUGGAGUUGUGCGAUUUGGAUGUUCAGGAUCAAAUUGUCGCUUGCUUGUGCGAAUUCGUUGAGGCUAACAGGACUGAAAUUUGCUCGGGAUGGAGACCUCUGUUUGGCACGCUCAGAGUAGCUAACGCUAAAAACAAUUCGACGGCUAUUUUGGAUGUUUUCAGGAUUUUCUUGUCAACUGAUAAUACUUUGGUGUUUGCCAAUGCUGCUUUGGAUUAUAUUUUGUGUUUGUUGUCGCAUAUUAAAAAUUCACACUACGAGGAUGUUACUGGAGAUGCUUCUUUACCAGCUACUCCAAGUAGUCUCAAUAAAAAACCUAUAGGAUUCUUUGAUAAAGAUAUUGAGUUUCCUACGAAUCUUUUAACGAUUGAUCUUUGCAUCGAAUCAUUGAAACUUCUCCAAAAUUGUUCGGAAAUUUUAUCAAUGAUGUACAACAUGCCAAAAUGUCCCAACUUUAAUCUUUCCCACAGAGUCAAUAUCGAUACCGAUCCUCAACUAGUCGAUCCUAUUAUGAAAGAUUCUGAAAUUGUUAGUUUUAGUCAAAUCGAUAAUGAUCAAGUUGAUUAUGAGAUACUUCAUACAAAGUUGGACUUCAAGGAAUGUGAAAAGGAGAAAAUUACAUUGUCUGAGCUAGAUACUCAGAGUGGAGUGUUGAAGGUUUAUUAUAUCUUAAUAGAUGGUUUAUCAUCCUCCAUAAUCUUAUCGUCUCCCAAAAAUCAACCAUUCGUAAUCGAAACACUAUUCAAACUAAUGAGAGACCUAAUGACAAAUCCUGGAGUGAACUUUGGAUUUUGUUGCAUCAACCACAUCCUUUUACCGAUGGUACAAAAUUGGUUGAGACAGAACGCAAAAGUCCAAAAGCCUGACGUGGAAAUUUGGCAAAAUUUCAAACAUUGUUGCGGAUUAGCCAGCGAAUUGGUCGUUGAUUACUUAUAUAAUAUUCAUACAAGUAAAAAAUCGGAUAACCCUGCAGCCACGUUAGCUUUGAAGCAACUUUUAUUGAUUUUAAUCGAAUGCGUCGCACAGCCUCAUGAAAAUGUAGCCCGAUUGGGCACCUCAUGCCUGCGUCACAUAAUACUGAAUCUUGGCAAGAUCCUAGCUGAAAAUCAAUGGACUAUUUUGGUUACAGCUCUACAUAGAGCUUGUUACAUUAGUUUGUGUCCCUUAUAUCAGCUUAGUUUAGCUUUUAAAGAAAACUCUGAUAGCUUUUAUGGGGAUUUGGCUACAGUUAAAGUGGCAGCUAGAAAAGAUAGCAAUGUAGCUGAAAAUGAACGACUUUAUGAGCUAGCACAGCAAGUAUUCCUAAUGCCUUUUCAAAGGAAUUGUGGAAAAUGUCCUGGUAAAAAUUGCGAUUGUGAAAAAAGCAUUGUCAUUGAUGAUAGAAGCUAUGUGUUUUUACUCUAUCCUUUUGAUUGUAGCACUUUAUUGAAUCCUGAUAUGUAUACCAUAAGGGUACCAUUUAGAAAUUUAGUUGUAGGGAUUCUAGCGCACCAAAUGCUAAUACAAACAAUUUCCAGUGCUUUGUUGCAAAAUUUAAAACAUGUCACACCAAUAUUGAAUAUCUUACAAAUCAAUUCUUGCAGCUUGAGAGGUAUUUUACCAAAAGUCAAUGCCGAGCAUGUCAAUAUGCUUCUGAAGUGUCUGGAAAUUUCAAAUAUCAAAGCCAAAGAGUUCGAUAUGAGACCGGGUCUGAAAUUCCUGACUCAGAAAGUAGGAAAUUUGUGUAAGAGCGCAAAUUUGUAUACUCAGGCUAACACGUCUGAGGUUGUGCAAAUAAUUGUGCUUAUCGAGCUUUGCUUGGAUGGAAUCGAACGAUACAACAUUGAACCGAAGAAUAUGAAAGAAAUUUUGGCUAAAGAAGAUGGUGCGGAUGUUGAGGGUAAUAAUUUUGGAUUUUUGGAUGAGUUUUUGAGGAAAUUGCAUUAUAAAUGGGAACGAUUGUGUGAAUCUUAUGUUAAUCUUACAAUAAAUAUUCCUGAGGAAACGACUGAAGAAUUAACAGAAGAGGGACCAGAACCGCAGGUAUUUAAACUAGCAGAAUUUAAGCAACAAUACGAAACAGACAAUAUCAGUACCCUAAGUACCGAUUCGGAAAGUUAUUUAGAAAAAGAAGCCUUGCCAAACGUGAAGGAUGAGGAUAAAAUUAUGGAAGAAUCGCAUAUGAAAACAUUGUCGAAAAGUUCAAGUCUUGACCAAUCCCCAUCUGAUACAACUAUCAAGAAAAAGAUUGAAAAUGGUUAUUCCACAGACGACGAGACCAAUGAGUUGGCAGCUAAAAGAUAUGAAGUGGCUUACGAGAAAUACAAAGUCGAGCUGAAUUCGAUUAAAUACGACAGAAAUACUUUACUGCAAAUGAGAGAAUCGACCAUUUCUAGCGAUAAUAUUAUUUUGAGUUGUACCAGACCAGGAGAUUUAAUUAAAUCGUCCAGUUGCCAACUAUGGACAGAAGAUGGUAAAAUCAAUGGCAAUAGAAGAAUUCUAGUUGGUACCAGUCCUAAAUUGGACCCAUUUAUGCCAGCCACCAUACCACCACCUCAACCAGUACCUCCGGAAAUUCAACAGCAAAGAGCACUGAGCAUUUGCAAGGACGCCGAGGCUUACAAAACAACAAAAAUCGAAACGAUGGAAGCCUGCCUGGAACUUCUCAGCAGUUUGUCGUCAGCAAAACUGUCUCCUUUAGCUUCCAUUUUGAAACAAGGGGCUGUAAUGUUAGUAGGGACCCAAGACGACAAAAUAAAGAAGACUGCUGAGCUUUUGCUGCAACGAAUGAAUAUAUCUUACGUGGAUCACGAUAACUAUUAAAUGUGCAAUUUUGCUUAAGAUUUAGUUGAUAACUUUCAAGCUAAUCGUUUACUGACUAAUUUGGUGCUUCUUGAAACAGUGUAAUCUAGACAUUAAUUAACAAAAAAUAUAUAAUAUAUUUACCUAAAAACUAGGAAUUUGUUUCAGU